AUGGCAGCUGCAGCACCAUCACCCCUGGCCAGCUCUGAAGAAAAGACAAAUGGGUCCAAGCUGAGCAGGCUUCUUAUAGAUGGUGGAACAACAGUUCUAAGAAAUGUUUUCAAUUAUCAUCAUCCUCCAGCUAAUUUAGCUGCUGAUCUCAACGCCAGUUAUUCCACUCUCAACAACCUCAAGCGGCGAAGAGUUCUAAAUGGUCAUCAGUGGGACAAACUCUUCCCGCCUGGAGGAGCCAUGCCAGACUCCAACACGUUUGACAUCACUCUUUUAUUUCUUCUUCUGACCAACAUUUGUGGACUGGCUCCUCCCCCCACAGGAUGGCACACUAAACCACCCGCUAGUGACAACUCUCACGAGGCGAAUCUUGCUCGUGUCAAGUAUUUCCGUAACGUGUUGUAUGGUCAUGUGGCCAGUACUGGAGUUGACACUCAUUCCCUCUCUGUUCUGUGGCGGGAAAUCAGUGCUGUUCUUGUAGCUCUUGGGUUACAGCAAUCAGAAGUUGACCGACUGAAGGCAGAGCGAGGCGGAGAGGAAGAUUAUCUUGACGCGUUACGUGAGUGGGCUGACUGUGAAAUUGACAUCAAAACACAACUGAAGGAAAACACGUUAAAGUUGGAAGAAGUACACCAAGUCGUUACAGAAAUACGUCAAGCUCAAGUCAACACGGACCAGGAGGAAGAUAUCCUAAGGAAACUUGCAAAGGUUGACACGGAAAACAUUAUUAGAUACCAUUCAGAAAGAUAUUUAGAGGGAACCCGGAAGUCUGUCUUCACCAAAGUCAAUGAUUGGUUAGAAGACGGCAACUCUCCUCAUCGUGUGAUGGUUAUCGUUGGAAACGCAGGCAUGGGGAAAUCUGUUAUUGCAGCCGAGUUGAGCAAAAGGAUGCUCGAAGAGGGUAAAUUGUCUGGGAGCCAUUUUUGCCAACAUGACAGGGUGCGCCACAGGAACCCCAAGGUGAUGCUACAAUCUUUAGCCUAUCAGCUGUCACAUUCUCUGCCAGACUACAAGAAAGCUCUUGUAAAACAACUGUCUAGAAACUUGGGUGUGGAGAUCAAUGACAUGGAAGUGGGGGAUCUGUUUGAGUUGCUGUUCGAAGAACCACUGAGCAGACUAACCGUCCCCAAUUCCACCUGUCUUGUGAUAAUUGAUGCUUUGGAUGAAAGUGAAUACCAAGGACGCAAUGAGUUGCUUGAUGUGAUUGCCAAAUGCUUUAACAAACUCCCGCUUUGGAUUCGAUUUCUCGUGACAACAAGACCAGAGAUUAAUAUUUGCGACAGCUUAAAAGGUCUGCAACCCCUUCUGCUUGAACCCAGUGAUGAAGAAAACUUGAAAGACAUUCGCUUUUUGUUUGAAAAACAGUUGAGCUGUAAGUUGCAAAGUGAGAAUCAUGAGGUUAUUUUUCAGGAGCUUGCGCAGAAGUCAGAAGGAUUGAUUUUAUGGGCCCAGCUUCUAACAGAUUUCAUAACUGAGAAUGAUUUGUCAUUUCUUACCUUGGAGGAGCUUAACUGCACCGUACCCUCGGGUAUUUCGUCUAUUUUCCAGUCUUAUUUUACACGUCUGGAGAGCGAACUUUGUAAAGAACUGAAGAUUACUGAAGACCAGUUUCUGGAUUUCCUUAGUGCGAUUACGGCAGCGAGGGAACCGCUGCCAGUAGGGUUUGUUUCGAAACUGUUGUUCCCGGGCAAAAUUUCGUCAGCUUUUCAACGUAAAGUGAGCAAGGCCAUUACUUGUAUUUCGUCGCUUUUACCUGUUCAAGACGGCUGUGUACAUUUUUUUCACAAGUCACUCAAGGACUGGCUGUCUGACAAGAUUCGCUUUUCGCAACACAACCAUAGUGUAGAUGAAAACGAAGGUCACCGCAUUCUUUCCGAUCUUUGCAUCGGCGAAUUGGAUGAGGUAAAGAGAAAAGGUGUUGAUAGAUCAGAGCAGUUAAGCGACACUACAAAGUAUGCACUGCAACAUGGCGUUCAACAUAUUCUAGAGUUGGAUGAAGAUACAAGACCAUGCAGCUUUGAAGAUCUUGUAAAUUACUAUGUUCUCGACUUAGAAAUUGUGUAUGCAAAGCUGCUUGUUAAUAUCGCAGUUGCCUCAGAAGAUAUUGUAAGCAUCAUGAAGUUUUGUGUGGAAAAGAAGAGUGUAGCUGAGUCGUUGUUAUUUCUUUUAAAGAUGCACAGUAGAGAACUGAACGAACUUCCUCAUGUGAUCUUUCAAACUGUAUUGAAUGAAGGAGGACCAGAUCUGUUCUCUAAGGCAUCCAGCCUUUUAAAGGCAAAGUAUUCUAACAUAUCAUACAUUGAAUACUUGAACAAGAACGAUCUUCAGGGACCCGUACAAACUACAUUUUACUGUUCAUCAGAAGUAGCUUGUUUUGAUGUGUCACCACAGUCAGACUACAUGGUUUGCGAGUGUCGUGACGCAACACUUCAGUUGUGGUCACUUCAUACUGGCAAUUUGUUGUGGAAACGUCCUGCAUUUAAUGAGAAACUUUACAGAGAUUGGCAUUAUGAAAGUGCUUUUAAGACGUCCCGGGUGCGUGGUGGCGCUUUAUUGUCUCGUUUCAACUCCGUAAUCUUUCACCCUUCUAAGGAUGUCAUCUUACCCGGUGUCUUAAGCCAUGCAUAUUCUUUUAACGGAGAACUGACUCAACUUUAUCGUGAAAGCCACUGUUGCUUUUCCAUUUGUGCACUUUCUGGUGACAAGAUUCUCACUGACUGUCCCAAUGAUGCAAAGUGUCUUAUUCUGUGGAGUCUGUUGAAUGGCAGAGAGAUAACCCGUACCGUCAGAGAUGAGGAUGUGUUGACUUUUGCCUUGUCUCAAGAUGGAGGGCUAUUAGCAGUCUCUCAUUCAACUGGAGCCAUUUGUUUGCUUGAUGUGAUAAAUGAUUUUAGAACUCUAACAAAAGUUGAAGGGUCAAAAGGAGGUGGAAUGAUGAAGUUCUCGCCAGAUCGCCGCCGCCUUUAUUGUUGGUACUUUUACACUAAGGGCUGCAAUUUUCGUGUAGGUGAAGAUCGUCUUUGUUACACAGUGAGUAACGAAGAUAAUGGUAAAGUUUCACUUGAAGUUACUCCUCACCGAUGUGUUUUUGAAGACCCAUACGCUUUUUUAUUAGGCGAUUCGGUGCUGGCUUCUUCAGCUGACGUCUUUUUCUCCUAUGAUUCACCGUCGUUUUUGUUUGUACUAAACAAACAAUCUGUCUUACAGAGUUAUCCUGGUAGCGAUAUUAUCAAGGUGCUAUCCCUGAAAAAAAUCGAUCUAAAGAAAGAUUCUUUCAGAAAGCCUUUUGUGCGCAAUAUUGUAUUUUCGAUUAAUGGUGAGACUUUAUAUCUUGUCACAAGUGAGAACGGAUAUGCACAAAUAACAGCUUGGGAUUCCUCUAGUGGAGAACUCAAGGCAGAGAAAAAAGGUGUCAGUGCUAGUGAUAUGUUUGGUCAAAUUGACUGUCAUCUUGUAGCCGUGAGAGAAGGAGUUCUUUUCACAACGAGCAAAGACACUGCUGAACUGUGGAAUUCGGAUUUGACUGAGCGCAUCAGAAGUUGGCGGUACGAUCGAAAUGUCACAGGAAUGUUUCCUAUUUCAGACGAACGCGUUGUUUUUAAUUUUGGAAGGAAAGCGAUCAUUUUGGACACACAAAACAACAAAAAAUUGAUACCCUUUUCGGGUUUGGGACUUCUGGCGUCUAACAGUAAAUGUAAGGUGGUCACCAUUUCAGAAGAUUACCCUCGUUAUAAAAUUAUUCAUAUGAGGAAUGGUGACACCUUACUUUGGAAAUUUGAGUUACCAAAUACUAUUAGUGGAUCAGCUCGACUGCGGUUUUCGCCCAAUGAAGAGUUUCUUGUAAUUUGGGGUAGAAGUCGUGCCGUCUACGUUCUUGAUCCAUCCUCAGGGAAAUUGUGGGGCAUCUUACAAACGGACAGUGGCACUAUGGACUUAAAAUUUGUCAGUGACGAGAACUGUGUCGUUCUUUCUCCUCUUCCCUAUGGUCAUGCUUGUUGCCUUCAACUGUUCAACAUCCGAUCUGGGGAUCUCCUUUCUUUAAUUGACGUAGAGACUUAUCCAUAUUUAAUAGCAAGUUGUCCUGCGAAAGGAUUAAUCGCUUGUGCCCUAACAAACUCCGAGGACCUGUUUAAAGUUAUCCAGAUUCGGUUUUCGGGAUGUAACAGAGACUCGCAGAGAAGCUUAAGG